UACGUUGAUCUUUUCUUAAAUCAAGUAACAUGUCAUCAUCACUCAUCUGCAGAAUAUGUGCUGAAUUCAUAUUCGAUGACACCGCCAAGAAAAUGUUCGAAAACGAACCUGAUUUAAUGCGACAUCGCAUCGAAUUAUUAACUGGGAUAUGGCUUGAGGAUCUACCCGAUAUGCCACAUCAUAUUUGCACAGCAUGUUGUUUUGAUUUGGAACAAGCGGUUGCCUUUCGGGAACGAUGUAUAAGCACGCAGGUGCGAUUGUCCACAUUUGACAACAGAUACAAGACUAAUACUUUUGAAGCGGAAAGGCAUAAAGCAAGUGAAGGAACUUAUAAUUAUAAAGAAAGCGGUUCAAAAACCCUCACUUCGGAAGAGGGGGACGUUAAAUAUCAACGAUCCCUUUUGGAGGAAAACGUCGCUUUGCGUGAAAUUGCCGCAUCCUAUGAAAAUAAGACGCAAAAUGUAGAAAAGCAUCAGCCCCGACCCGUCAAGGACACACCAUUCACAUGUAAAUUCUGUGAACGUAGCUUUGCUGGACAAUUUUGGCUUCAAUUGCACAUUGACACAGAACAUGAUGCCGCGAGGGGGGAUAUUUACCAGAAUGAUACGCAAUGUGCGCAUGAAAGUGUCAAAUCAAACAAUGGGUCUUCCGAAGAUGACAGGGAAAAAAUAAAAGAACGCAAUCGAAGAUAUAGCAGAAACUAUAGAAAACGAUUGAAAUUACAAAAACAGUUAGAAAGAGAAAAAAAUGGAACCCUUAAAAAGAGAGUAUACGACAAGGAUUCAAUAAAAGAACGCAAUCGAGAAUACAGUAAAAACUACAGAAAACGGUUGAAAUUACAAAAACAAUUAGAUCAAGAUAAUAAUUGUAGUUCACUUGUACCUUUAACAUUUCAAACAAUUUACACAGGUUGCCCGAGAGAAAAAGCAUCUAAAAUUAAAAAAAGCUAACCAAGAGUAAAGAAAAUGUGAU